UUCAACAUGGCGACUGUGUAGCUCGGUCGAGAGUGUGGGGCCAACCGCGUAGAAGUUAAACUAGUUUAGCUUUAAUUCAGUUGUAGAUAGUGUAUUUUCACACAGUUGAGUGUAUUUGGAGUGCAGCCUACUGGAAAUGAAGGGAAAAGAGCGGUCCCCGGUGAAGAAACGCCCCCGGGCGCCAGAUGAUAGCAGAGACCGAGGAGGAAGCCACCCGAGCAGCAAGAAGACCGCCCUGUCGACGGUUGGAAAUAACAACGGUAACGGCUCAGCUCAAAGCGGCGCUUCAUCCAGGAGGAGUUUGCACAAUGACAAAAGAGACAUGAGGGACUCAGACGGACACAAUUCAUCCAGUCGGGCUGGUGGCGGUUACGACUACGGAGUUGUCCCGGCGAGCAAACCGUAUGGUGGCGCUGACAUCUCCGCGGAAACAUCCAGGUCCAGUUCACGCAGCGACCCUCGGCCUCCGUCAAACCCUGAGAGUGAGUACAAAACUCUGAAAAUAAGUGAACUGGGCUCACAGCUCAACGACGAGGAGAUAGAGGAUGGACUAUUUCACGAGUUUAAGAGGUUUGGUGACGUCAGUGUGAGAAUAGGAAGAGAAAACGACGAGAAGGUGGCGUAUGUGAACUUUAGGAGGCCCGAGGACGCACGAGCGGCCAAACACGCCCGUGGCAGACUGGUGCUGUACGACCGGCCUCUGAAAAUAGAGACAGUUUACAUGAACAGACGAAGAAGUCGCUCCCCCGUUUCAAAAGACAAUUACCCCUCAGGACAGAGACACCUCCACUCCCAGAGACAGCUGUCCCCUACGGGUCUAGGGUACAGGGACUACCGGCUUCAGCAGCUGGCGCUGGGCCGUCUCCCCCCUCCCCCUCCGCCACCUCACAUACGAGACCUGGAAAGAGACAGAGAUUUUUCAAUUUAUGAUGCAAGGAAUAGGCCCCCGUUCAUUCCUGAAUGUGCUGUUUACCGUGAUGAAGAGCUGAUUAACCAAGAGGAUGACCAGAGGGCGAACAGGACUUUGUUUCUGGGGAAGCUGGACAUUAGUGUGACCGAGAGUGACCUGAGGAGGGCGUUUGACAGGUUUGGAGUGAUAACUGAAGUAGACAUAAAGCGGCCAGUGAGAGGCCAGAACAACACCUAUGGAUUUAUCAAGUUUGAGAAUCUUGACAUGGCUCAUCGUGCCAAAGUAGCCAUGGCAGGGAAAGUGGUGGGCCACAAUCCAAUCAAAAUUGGCUAUGGUAAACCUACACCCACCACCAGGCUGUGGGUGGGGGGACUUGGACCCUGGGUUCCUCUAGCUGCACUAGCAAAGGAGUUUGACCGCUUUGGGACCAUCAGGACUAUUGACUACAGAAAGGGUGAGGUGUGGGCUUACAUUCAGUAUGAAAGUUUGGACGCUGCUCAGGCUGCAUAUACUCACAUGAGGGGCUUUCCUCUGGGAGGCCCUGAAAGGAGACUCAGGGUGGACUUUGCAGACACGGAGCACCGCUACCAGCAGCAGCAGUAUGUGCAGCUUCCUCUCCCCUUGCCGCACUAUGACUUAGUUCCUGAACCUUUUGCUCACCGUCUUACUGACUCAGUUAGAGUAAGAGAGAGGUCUCCUCCACUCCCUGCUCGCUUCAGGGACAGAGAUCUGUACCCUGGUGAGUGGUCGAACCUCGGUGUCCACGACAGGAUGCGGGGCCCCUGCUUUGAUCCUCUAGAUCGUCUGGAGAGGCGUUCCCGUGAGACCUGGUCACUUGAGCAAGAACGAGAGUUGCAAAGCAGAGAUCUGAGCCGCAAAAGGAGACAUUUGGAUGAUGGUUUCAGGCCAGAUCAUUCACCUGAUAUGAAUGAAUUUAAUCUCCGUCGUCAUGGCAGCUCAUUAGAGCGCAGCCCUGGAGGGAGCAGCAGAGAUGGGGGGCGCUACAGUGACCCUGAACGUCUCCCUCGCUCUGGUAGAACCACCCCCAUCAGAGAACGCCAGGAAACUGGAGACAGGAGAAGGAGGACACUCAGCCCAGCAGAGCCAGGCUCCUGCUCUGAGAAAGAACGCAAACACAAAGUAAAUGACUCCACUAAAAGCCCAGUUAAAAAAGAGGAUCGCCCAGGACAUUCCUCCUCCUCCUCCUCGUCCUCUUCCUCUAAGUCUGCUCAGCAAUCCAAAACAGCAGCUACAAACCAGAAACUGAGUCAGGUCUGGCAGGGCGUCCUCCUUCUAAAGAACAGCAGCUUUCCCACAUCACUGCACCUGCUGGAGGGGGACCUGUCGGUUGCAACCAGCCUCUUGGUUGAGGGCUCAACAGGGGGUCAAGUGUCCCAGCUGAAGAUCAGCCAGCGCCUGCGCCUGGACAAGCCCAAGCUGGAUGAGGUAUCUCGUCGAAUCAAAGCAGCUGGCUCCACUGGAUACUCCAUCCUCCUCGCAGUUCCUGGGAAAUCUGAAGACGGAAGCGCCCAGGAUGCCAGCAACUCAACGGAGCGGCCGCUAAAGAACCUGGUGUUCUACCUGAAGCAGAAGGAGGCAGCAGGGAUCAUCAGCCUCCCUGUGGGUGGGAGCCGUGACAAGGAUCAAGGAGGAGUCCUUCACGCAUUUCCCCCUUGUGAGUUCUCGCAGCAGUUCUUGGAUGCCUCUGCCAAAGCUUUUGCCAAAUCAGAGGACGACUACAUGUUGAUGGUCAUUAUAAGAGGAGCAUCAUGAGGAAAAAAGGGCAAAUUAAGAUGAUUCUUUUUCCAUUCAUGAACUGUUAAAUUGUGAGUUGUAAAACAGAUGACAGGGUCUGCAUGAUAGUUUGUAUCUCAUUCUUUUGAAGGUUAAUUAAAAAGAAAGUCACGUUAAAUUGAAUACAUUUGAUAAAUUGUUGGAACUAAUGAUUUAAGUGACAUGCUGCCUUCUGCUAUUUACCAGUAGUUAUCAGAUAAACACAUCCCCUUAAGGAUACUCUGCCAAAAGUAACUCAGAGCAGCUCUGUGAAUCAAUUCUAUAAGUUGCCUUAUCUCAUUUGAAAAGACACUCAAAUCCUUUGUCAUUUCAUAUAAUGCCUGCCAAUAACAAAAACAGAAUACAAGAUUCAACACUGAGUGUUCAGUCUUUUUUCUUCAUGUAUUCCCAGCAUAGAUUUAACUGGUCAGUAACAACAGAUUUGUAGUACUGUAAUGUUUGUACAGCCAGGAAAUGAAAGAGUUAAGUCAAAUUCAUGUACAUAGAAUAUUUAUCUUGAUUCAGGAAAUGUCCUUGCCCUGAAGCUUUCCCAUUCUCAUUAAUAUUUCAUUCUUAAAAUGCACAUUUGCAUCACUCUGCUGACAAAGUAACAACAGCUCUUAUUUUGUCAGUUUGGCCAGUAUUUGUUUAGAAAAUGUGAAAAAUGAAUUGUAUAAAUCUCCUGAUAUUUGGCUUUAUGAAAUGUUAUUCAUGUUUGCUAAAAAAGCAUACAUAGGAGUUUUAAGAGAUAUACUAGAUUGAAACCAUUAAUAUAGAUGGUUCUAUCUGAACCACAUCUGGAGGUAAAGUGACAUCACAAGGUGAAAUGAAUAGGUUUUUCAUUUCUGGUACAUGUUUGAAGAGGUGGACUCAAGCUGCAAGCUCCUGCCCUAUCAUGAUAUGGGUAAACAUGCUAACUUUUCAACAGAUAAAUUAUUGAAAUUUUGGAAAAAAAAAAAAAAGAGUUUUCAUUUCUGUUUAUUUUUGGCAAAAAGGUGUACAGAUUCUCAUGGGUAAUAUUCUGGACAGAGACAGAUGACAGUUUAAUCUAUGAUAGAGCUACUGGGUAAGAUCUUGGAAAAUCAGUUUUUGGAUCUUAAAAAUGCACUACAUUUGUUAAAAUUAAAUAAUUCAUCAUAUUAAUGUUAGCCCAAAUCCAAAGAUUAUCGGCAUUUAAGUUCAACAUACAAAUUUUAAAGUUAUAGUAACCAAAUUUUGGAAAUUGAUGAAUGAAAAUGACAACUAAGAAAUGAUCUUUGCUCUAAAUAUUACCAUUGUUUUUAACAAAGCUAAAUGAAACAUUUUGCAAAGCUCCUGCCAAUUUUUACUUUGAAUACCAUGUGCAAAGGAGGGUUGCUCUUGUGUCUGCCUCUUUUAUUACCUGGUUCUUGCAUCAUUCUGUUUGGUUAAGCAGUAAUUGGUUGCUUAAAUUUUCUUUCUUAUGCUAUAAUCCACUAACUACCCCAACAAAGCAUGAACUAUAAAUAAUGAGAAUACAGAGUGUAUAAAUACAGAGCUUUAUGUAUGCCAUGCACAUGUCUAAUAACUGAUCAGGAGUCCAUAAGUGGAAAUUGUUGCUAUGCUAACACCUGGACUUGUAUGAUUGAAAACCUCUGAAUGAUCAGAGGAGAGACCUCCAGUGGCCUUAAACGCCUUCCUCUGAGCGGACUGUUAAUGAUUGUUUUUUAUGAUUUGAUUUGAGUUCUGUGUUUCAAAUGGAAAAAGAGAAAAAAAGAUCUGUGCUGUAUACUCAGGAUAUCUGAAGAGAGAAUGGAGAACAUCAGUGCUCGAGGGCCUUUGAAGUAAACCUGUCAGAAAAAAACCAAAGUGCAUCAUGCACUUCAUUUUGUCUCAAUAAAUUUACUUUUUCGUGGGAAACACAAAGUGCCUCGGAAGACAACUUUUGUGACCUUUUCUGUUCUUGGAAUUGUCUAUCAAACUCUAAAGGCUUUAUCACUUUGACAGCAGGAGUCGUCGCAGCAGAAAGGAGAAGAGAGGAGGUGUGAGAAUGGAGGGGCGUCAGCCUCUGUUCUAUAUUUCAGUUUGUUGAUCAUUUGUUUGAAUGACCUCUUUGUGAGGAGCUUUCAUGUGACAGAUAGAAAUGUGGCCCUACUUUAAUAUUAUUUUCAGCACGUCUGUGAAGGCAAACUUCAGUCACUAUGUUUCGACAGCAGCAUGGCUUUUCCUCAGUCUCCUCUGGCCUGUGCGUCCAGAGUUGUGGCUGAGAACAAGCAAAGAUCCCAUCUCCUCCCUGGUUCAUCACUCAAGUUCAGGCAAAAUUGCCUUGGUCUUCAUCUUUUAGCGCCUCAGAGGAGCCACAGCAGCACUCUUCUUUGUCAUCGGGCCCCAGCAGCAAACACACACUGUUGUUUCAGCGCUGCGGCAGCUAAAGGAGGAGCCGUGUUGAUUUUGUUUAGGUGCUUAUUGUUCUUGCAUUGGAGUUUUGAAGAAGAAAUCUGUGCUCUGAGUGUCUCACCUUGUGUCGGAGGAGAGGUGGAGACAGUGAGACAGCUACUGAAAGGAAACAGCACAGCAGAAGAAUAAUUACCUCCUAACCUUAGCUAAAAUGUUGUAACACUUUUAACACUGUGCCAAACAGCAUAUGAAAGCAAAGUCAAACUGCUGCAGGAUGUUUAUCAUGAAGACAGAGUGUUCGUGCCUGAGCUCCUUCAGACUAACGGACCUGAGCAGUAGCCCUGUUUCUCCACGUUUCCGAGGCAGGGAAUCUAGGUUUGAGUUUGUCCCUGGCUGUGUUCUCUGCUGGUCCACAGGUGAAGUAUAGGAUGGCCAAAGCUGCUGACAGGGGUACGUAUCCAAAUGUUUGCCUGCAAACACACUGGAGUUUAUUUAAGGGUUGGUGAAAAGGUUAAAGGAUACCACUAAGCUUAUUGACUAAAGUAAAUACAAUAUUAAAGUCUUUGGUACAUUCAGGGAAGAUUUUAUACUUAGUUAUGGGAUCUUAUUUAUGCAAAUUACCUGUUAGCGUCCAUUGGUUAAUAUUUUAUAGUAAACAAAGCAUUCUGCAAAUUGUCCUUAGGUUUGGACAUUUUUUUUUUCUUAAAACCUCCCAAAAUGCCACAACUACUUAUCCAAAAAACAUGUUUAUCAUUUCACUAGUCAAAACAAAACAAAACAAAAAAAAAAAACAUCCUUAACCUUUAAUAGCACAGAUGUAGGCUUACUGAAAUUAAGAACCAAAGUUAGAUAGCUUAAAAGAAGGUGUGGACACCGCUCCAUAACCAGAGGCAGAGGGAGUAAUACAUUAAUGUUCAACUACAGCAAAUCAAAGUAUUUAGAUAAAAUAAGGAAAAGCUACUUGAACUGUAACAUAACUAAAGUCUUAUAUACCGUACAUUGUUAUUUAAUCAUGGCAUGGUUUCUACUACUUUAUAAUAUGUGGUUAGAUGAAGAUAACGUUAAUUUUCAGACAAAAUGAAGUUUUAUAAAGUCACUGUGAAGUAACAAGCAACUACAGCGACUGUAGUAAAGACUAACAUUAGAGUUUUCCAAAGUUCAACCACUAGUCAUAACUAAACACCAGAAAUAAAACCUUCAAAUACAAGAGAUGUGAAAUUAAAAAAUAAAAAUAAAAUAAAAAUUCUUUAGAAUUCAAAGUUUUACAUUUCAAAAGUUUGCUGUCAGUAGUGCCCAAGCAUGAAUGUAAGCUGUGUACUUCAGUUUCCAGUCUAAAAUGUAGUUAAAACAAAUGUUUUAAGUUGGUGAGAAGUCAUCAUCUCAGUAAAAGUCAGAAAUGUAAUGACUUUAAAGGACUUAGCCAAAAGAGUUGGUAAGAUAUUUUGAGAAGCUCAAAUUUGACCUGGUGGAUGUGUAAAGCUCUGUCAGCAUCAGCUUCAUUUUCUUUGGUUCAGCAAACACUUUCAUAUGACUGGUUUUUAAAGGGACCCUUACGUAUCAAACACAUCAUCAUAAUUAGAUCAACAUUGUGGUUUCUUUUUGUAUGCUGUACAAAAUCAAUCGAAACAUAAAACGUCUACAAUUUUUACAAAAGAUGAAAAAUCAAUUCACAUCUGCUGCCGUUGUUGUGCAAUACUCUGGUUGCGUUGUUCUGACAUUCACCUUGGUUACACUGACUUCUACCUUAUUGUCUGUCAGAACGACAUCCAGCAGGAAAAACAAUACAACCAUUUGACUUUACUGCCCAGAGAUCAUCCCACAACAAUGACAGCUCACGUGAUUUUAUUUUUAAAAUUACCUGAAAAUGUAGAGAUCAGUUUUGUUACUUUGUACAGCAUACAUAGUUCCUUUUAUGUUUUUUUUGUUUAGUUUAUUUAACACAUUAAUUAAAGCACAGUCAGACAGAAAAAAGUGAAUACAAGUAAAUCACAUUUACAGGUGAGGUAGAAACCCAUUUAAGAUCAACAAUACAACACUACAGCAAACAAAAUACAACAAUCAAAAAAGAGAGGGCUAUUGUUUAUGAUAUAAAACAACAUCAAUUAACAAAGGUUUAAGAGAUCCCACCUUGAAACACUAUUUUCCCUAUUCAGUCUUUAAGUACACUUCUCAUAAAUUAAAGGGAUAUAUUCAGUUUAUAUAUUUACUAUUACAGAAUGAUAAGUCUGAAUAAUAUAGUGAAUAGCUGCAUGUGCAAAUCCAGCAAAACAAAAUCCCAUUAAAAACAUCACAAAUUUAAACAGUAUUAGAAUACCAGUGUGAUAAGGAGUUUGAAAGUGAAAAUCAGCACUUGUGUAGGAUUUGAUCACUUUUAAAUGAACUCAUCAGCAAAUAAAAGUGAAGUACUCUUUCAAAGUUUGUAAAUGUUUGAUCAUGAGCCUGUAGUAAUAAUUUGUCUAGUAUUUCAGGUGUCAGGUCAAAAGACUCGCAUCCAUCUGCAGAGGACCUGAACGAGCCCUGUGAGCCUCAACAGACUCUGAUGGUGAUUAACGCAAAUUAAACAGUCACAUCAAGAUGACCAAAUCAACAGCCCGGUGAGUACUUUAUAUAAAUAUGAAUGUCUGUACAUUUUAUAUUGUGUUUCAUGUUCAUGAUGCUGCUUGUAUUUUUUGAGCUUUAAUAAAGUUCUAAGACAGAA